AUCAUAAUAAUAAUCAUAAUCAUAAUCAUAGAUUUGCUCAGUCCCGGACCCCCGCCAAAACGGUGAGUAGAACCAAUCCGUAGAAUCAUAAAUAGAGCACAGCAUCCGCCCAAUCUCAGCUGCCAUUUCUCUCCCCUUUUUCCUCCCUUUUUCCUCCCUUUUUCCUCCCUUUAUCCUCCCUUUCCACACAACCUUCAAUCUCUUCCCUCCUCCUGUUCAACCAACUCACCCUCAGCUCUUCUUGAUAUCUUCUCUCCCUAGAUUCUCUUAGAUCUCCUCUUCUUGUCCACUCUAGCUACUCACCCACACUGUUGUAACCUCUCUCCUGAUAUCUAGAUACAAGGGAACCAACCCCUUUAUACUCUACCCCGCCAACCCUACAAACUACAACACAAUUAAUAAAGCACAUUUCCACUGACCCCCCUCUCUCUCCUCCCUCAACCAUGGGAAAGAAGGCUGUUCAUUUUGGUGGCGGCAAUAUUGGUCGUGGCUUCGUGGCUGAGUUUCUCUACGAGUCUGGCUAUGAAGUCGUCUUCGUCGACGUGAUGGAUAGUAUCAUCGAUUCCCUCCAAAAGACGUCAUCCUAUAUCGUCACAGAGAUCAGCGAACAAGGAGAACAGAAAAAAGUCAUCACCAACUACCGCGCCAUAAACUCUAAACACAACCUGGACGACGUCAUUAAGGAGAUAUCCACCGCUGAUGUCGUCACCUGCGCCGUUGGUCCUAACAUCCUGAAGUUCAUCGCCCCACCGAUCGCCAAGGGAAUCGAUGCUCGAACAGGGUCUAAACCAUUAGCUGUCAUUGCCUGUGAAAACGCAAUUGGAGCCACAGACACCCUGCACGGCUUCGUCAAGGAGAACACUGAAGAAUCCCGUCGUGCGUCGCUGUACAGUCGUGCCCAGUUCGCCAACUCCGCCAUCGACCGCAUCGUGCCCACCCAGGAUGCUGAUGCCGGCCUCGACGUCAAAAUCGAGAAGUUCUACGAGUGGGUCGUGGAGAAGACCCCCUUCGGUGACGUCGGACACCCAGAUAUCAAGGCUAUCCACUGGGUGGAUGAUUUAGAACCAUACAUCGAACGCAAGCUGUUCACCGUCAACACUGGCCACGCUACCGCCGCCUACUACGGCUACUCCACCGGCAAGAAGACGAUCAACGAUGCCCUAAAUGACCCCAAGAUCCGCAGCGAAGUCAACGCCGCCCUCGCAGAGACCUCAAAACUCAUCAUCGAGAAACACGGCAUCCCCGCCCAGGAACAGGCAGAGUACGUCAAGACGAUCAUCGCCCGCAUCUCCAACCCCUACCUCGAGGACAUCGUGCAGCGCGUCGGCCGCGCGCCCCUCCGCAAACUAUCGCGCAAGGAACGCUUCAUCGGACCCGCUGCACAGCUCGCUGAGCGCGGCCAGAGCGUCACGGCGCUGAUGAACGCGGUCGAGCAGGCGCUGAAGUUCCAGAAUGUGCCGGACGACGAGGAGAGCUUUGAGCUCUUCAGGAUCCUGAAGGAGAUGUCUGCCGCGGAUGCGACGACGAAGCUCACGGGCCUGGAGAAGGAUCAUCCGCUGUACCCCCACGUACUGGAGAAGGUUGACAGGGUUCAGAAGGAGACGAAAUAAUAGUCCUAGACUGACUGACCUCUUCUCCGUCUAGAAGGCCUCUCUUCUUCUUUCUUUCCAUUUCUUCUCUUGUUUUUUUUUUUUUUUUUUUUUUUUUCCUUUCAUUUAUUCUUAUACCAGUUUUCAUUCUACGAUCGAUUUCCCCCCCCCCCCCGCCUCCGUAAAACAAAAAGGCAAAAAAAAAGGCACGCUGGUAAUGUGCUAUCUAUUGGGGAAUGGUGUUCUUUUUUCGGCAAAACAAUGACAUACAUGACAUGACAUGACAUUGACAUGACAAGGGAAGGGCUAGGGAUAACUAGGGCCAGGGAUAGGGAGCAGGAGCACUGGGAAGCGAAAUGGGUUUCUUAUUUCUUAUUUUUUUAUUUUUUUUUUAAAGCAAGCUUUUAUGUUACCCAAGUUAGAAAUUCGAAAUUUCUAGUGUUUUAAUGAUUUGUAUUAACUAUUAAACAUUAAGAUAGCCCUUAGAAGGUAAUAAACUUAACUUGAUGAAUCUUUCAUUACUUUUUUCUUUUUUUCUUUUUUUUCUUUUUUUUUCUUUUUUUCUUUUUUCUUUUUUUUUUUCCUCUCUACUUCUCUGGGUUACUGGAUUAUUUCCUAUGUCCCAUAGUUAACUGCACUUGUGCAAGCAGUAAUUAUUGAAUAUCAUCACUAUUAGAGUUCCAAUCCAUCCCCCCGUGCAAUGAGUACUUGUAUGUACAGUACAUACAUUACAUAUCAACUGCAAUCGGUUGUCCGUAGAGAGGCAGGGGAUAGAUAGGUAGUGGCCCCCUCAUUCCUAAGGCGCUUUUUUUCCUUUCAAAUUCUUUUUCUGAAACGGAACUUAUGUGAUGGUUAUUAGUUAACUACCUUAUC